CCUCACCCCCACUGGCACACACACAGCGCACCAGUCCGCUCCCACACACUCUCAACGCAGCUCACCAGCGGAAAGUAGCGCGGCGAUCGCCGAACACAGAACAAGCGCCUUCACCGUUCCGCCCCGCAGAAUUUAGAAGAGCCCCCGACCCGAAGGAAGCAUGGAAGCGAGACUCGCUCACCUCCUCUGCGUCCUUGUGUUCGCAGCUGCAGCCUUGCGAGGCGGGCAGGCCGUGCUCCAGGUCUCUGUCCCCCCGGAGGUGGAUGCAGAGCUGGGGAAGUCCAUCAGCAUCCCCUGCAUCUACUCCUCCAGCAGCAAGACCAGCAACGUGAUCGUGGAGUGGUUCAUCACGGAGCGCGGAGGCGACAGACAGCGAGUUGCCUAUCGCAGCUCCUCGGACUCCGGCACGGAUAAGAACACAGAGCUGUCGGGCCGGGUCAGUGUGGACCAGGACUCCUCUCUCUCUCUCAGCGCUGUGGAGAUCGGGGACGAGCGAGACUUUCACUGCCAGAUCACUGCGGGGCCGGCGGGGAGCGGAGAGGGGAGCGCACACCUGCGGGUCUACUCUGCCCCACAGACCCCUGAAGUCAGCCCCCAAACCAAGAUCAUCUCAGUGACUGACCCUUCAGUGUCAGAGGUCAGCACUUGCACCAGCAAGAAUGGAAACCCCGCCCCCAAAAUCAUCUGGUACAAAGACUCUACCCCCCUUCCUGAGGUCACAGAGAGCAACGACAAUAUGUACAUGGUGCCUCGUGUAGUAAAGGAAUCGUCUGGUCUCUACACCAUCACCAACACGCUGUACUUCAAAACCAGUAAGGAGGACAAAGACUCCCAGUUUCACUGCCAGGUGGAGUACGUCGUGCCGGGGGGGACGACAGAAACCAAGGACUCGCCCAAAUUCAGCCUGUCCCUGCACUAUUACACGGAGGAAGUGACCUUUGCUCUGGUGACCCCGAAGAAGGUGAAGGAGGGUGAUGAUGUCACUCUGAAGUGCAAGGCAGAUGGUUUCCCUGAACCAGAGUACGAGUUAACAAAGAUUCAGCCGGAUGGCAGCAUUGAGGAUAAGGGCACCUUCUCUGGAAUGUUCACCCUCCACUCGGUAACCCGCAACGACGGGGGCAAGUACCGCUGCGAGGCGCUGGAUUUCGAUUCGCCCCCAGAGGUCAAACUGAAGAAGGACGUCACUCUGUUAGUCCACUAUCUGGACCCGGUCACUGUGUCUCCUUCCAGCUCCGUCUCGGUUCCUCUAGGGGGCAGCGUGGAUCUGGGCUGCACCACCACUGGCUCGAAGACACCCUCUUUCAUGUGGAAGAAGGGCUCCCAGGUGGUCUCUCAGUCUGCUUCUCUGGUCCUGAAGGAGGUCUCGUUCGAGGCAGCGGGCAGCUACAGCUGUGUGGCCAGCGUGCCCGGCAUCUCUGGACUGGUCAAGGAGGCCAUCACCAACGUCACUGUUACUGGAAAGGCCCAGAUCGUUGACCUGCCCUACAGCGGUCGGGUAUCAAAAGAAGGGGAGCUCCUCACUCUGUCCUGCACGGCUCAGGGUCACCCCGAACCCCAAAUCUCAUGGACCCCAACUGGACUGGAGGCUAUCAGCUCAGUGACCGGGAACAAAGUGACCAGCACCGUGACCCUGCCAGUGACCCCCAUUCUGGUGGACAGCGGGGUCAUCUGCGAGGUCAGCAACGAGCAUGGCUCCAGCAGGAAGAAGUUCAACGUGAACAUUCACAAAGAAACACCAACAGUCACUCCUCCUGUAGAUACUGAAGUGGACCCCAUACUCAAGACAGCGAAUCGUCAGGAGCAGGGAGGCAGCGGCGCGGCGGUCAUCGCGGUCGUGGUCUGUGUCCUGUUGCUCCUCAUUCUCGUCGGCUUCCUCUACUUCCUGCAGAAGAAGGGCAAGCUGCCCUGCGGCCGGCAGGGGAAGGAAGACAUUGUCAACACAGAGGCUAACGCAGACGAGAUAGUCGUGGAGAUGAAGUCUGGCAAACCCAACGAGGAGGCGGGUCUUCUGGACUCCAACGGGCGCCAGCGGCCAAUGCGAGAUCAGUGAUGAACACGACAAAAAAACACAAAGCCUCUUAAGGGCAGUGGAGAGUUCUGGAGGAAAAAUUUAAUAAAGCUGGGGGCGCCACCUAGCUGUGAAAACCAAGAAUGACCUUCCCAGUCAAGACCACACCCUCCAUCGCAGGAGAGAAAAAAAAAGACUGUUCUGUUUUGAAUAUUUGUUUGUUCGUUUUAACCAACAAUUUGUUGGAAGACAUAAGAAGUUCAACGCUGUCUGCCACCGACCUAUUCCUGUUUUCCAUUGCAAUCCCAUUUUAAAAUGAAUUCCUGAUUCCAAUUCCUUCGAGGGCGUCGGAAUUGAUAUUUCAGAGACGUCAUAAUAAUUGCUGUGAUCCUUCAACUGCUUUCAUUUGAAGCCUGACAGACAAACGGCAACCUUCAAUUGAAGGGAACGCGUUGGCGCUGUGGUGAGGAGCUCUAGUUUAACAGGAUCCUGCAGAAUUGCGAUUUUUGAUCAGCGCUGUGCUGGAAUUGAUUCAAAGGGAUUUGGAAUUUGGAAUCGGCAAUUGAUUUUAAAGCUGAAUUGGAAUUGGGGAAAACAGGCACGGAUCCCAAAGCUGCCACCAUUAUCUAUCUCCCCGUUGUAAAUACUGAAGCUUGAUUGUGUCUGAAUCGAUGCAUGCAGUCCUGUGGGGAGCCUGUCUGAAUUACUAACACUGUAUCUAAACCUGCACUGUAAAUGUUCAAAUAGCUAAAACACUGGAAAAAACAUUGGAAUGAGGUAUAUGUGUAACUGUCUAUAUAUAUAUAUAUAUAUAUAUAUAUAUAUAUAUAUAUAUAGACAUUACUUUUUACAGUACAUGGAUCUUUUAAACUACAGUGUCACCCAUUGCAAUUGAGUUCUGCUGUCUUUUUGUAUAAUGGCUUGAGAAAUGAACAAGAAAAUAUGAGCGUUUUUAUCUUUUUAGCGUGUUUUAUUAUUAUUAUUAUUAUUAUUAUUGCUUUAUCGAUAUUUAAAAAAUAGUGUAUUUUUUCAAAGAACUGGACAAUGUUGUGGAUACCACAGCAUGAGAGAGCGCCCCCUUUUCUUUCUCUUCUUUUAAAACCGUCCCGUCCGAACUGGUGUAGCUCGUAUCAGUACUGCUGUGUGCAUCCAACGCGUGUGCGUGCGUGAUGUUAAACGUUUAGCCUCCAUGUCUGCAUUUCUAAAAGGCUGGGCUCAGGUUGCUAGGGCGACCGCUGGCUAGCAACGCAAGUGUCACGUGACACCCCCCCCCCCCCCCCCCCCCCGCGCACUGUGAAACCACUCUGUAUUGCUGAAACAGAAAAUCAACUUUAUUGAUGUAUUCCAUCCGCUCCAUAUUAAAUAAUCUCCACCCAUUUCUUCCCCCUUCCCAUCAUUAUUAUUGUUACUGGAAACUCGUCUGCUUUUGUAUUUUAUUUGAACGUGUUUGUAACUGUUAUAAAAGAUUGUGAAAUGUAAUGUGGAUUCCAUCCAAUUUAGUUAACGGUUUCAUUCGAAUUUUGAUCUUUUUUUUUGUUUUUUAUUUGAUAGUUUUCUCUUUUUUUUUGCAAAAAGCGUUUUUUUUUGUUUCGAUUUUAUAUAGAAAUAUAUUUUAUUUCCUGCUGCUUUUCUGUUUUUUGAAUUGUAAUAUUUUUGCUGUUGGUGUACGCCUGUGUGUGUGUGUGUGUGUCUUUGUUAAAAAGUCGCACGACCUUGCUGUUAAAAAAAAAAAAAAAAUAUGGAAAUGCUUCUGAAAAGAGAAAAUAAUAAUCCACAAAAGUUGUAAAUAAACUGGUUUGCCCCCUAG